UCAUCAUUUCAAACCAGAAAAAACUGAAACACACAGCAAAAACACACAUCGUUUUGUUUUGUUUUUUUUUUUUUUUUUUAAAAAAAAGAGCUUAUAUGUUGUCUGUAAACCCAAACCCAGCAGCUCAGGGGUUUCACUUCUUCGAUCCAAUGAAUAUGGGUUUUAAUUCUCUGCCACCGCCAACUUCUACUUCUACUUCUACAACUACAACUAGUACUAAUAAUUAUAAUAAUAAUAAUAAUAAUACGGCGUCGUUGUUGGAUGAUCCGAGUAAGAAGAUCCGAAAACCGUAUACGAUUACCAAGUCUAGAGAAAGCUGGACGGAGCAAGAGCACGAUAAGUUUCUCGAAGCUCUCCAAUUAUUUGAUCGUGACUGGAAGAAAAUUGAAGCAUUUGUAGGCUCUAAAACUGUUAUCCAGAUACGUAGCCAUGCACAGAAGUACUUUCUGAAGGUUCAGAAAAGUGGGGCGAGUGAACAUGUACCACCCCCUCGACCAAAGAGAAAAGCAGCUCAUCCGUAUCCUCAGAAAGCCCCUAAAAAUGCUCCAGUUGUAUCCCAAGCUACUGGGCAAUACCAAUCUUCAUCUGUUAUGCUUGAGCCUGCAUCAUAUGUUUACAGGCCAGAUUCAUCAUCAGUUCUUGGGAAUCCAAUGAACAGCUCAGCUGUGUCUUCCUGGAGUUUUAAUUCAAUGCCACCGGUUACUGUCUCACAAGCAACUAAAGAUGAUGCAGGAUUGGCUGGACCAACCAUUGCACAGAAUUGUUGCUAUAGCAGUAGUAAUGAAAGCAUGCCAAAGACGUGGCCAACAGGGGAAAAGAUCAAUCGAGGGGAUCAUGGCAACACAGCAGCGCGAGUAAUGCCAGAUUUUGCUCAAGUUUACGGCUUCAUUGGCAGUGUCUUCGAUCCUAAUUCCACUGGUCACUUACAAAGACUGAAGCAGAUGGACCAAAUAAAUUUGGAAACUGUAUUGCUGUUGAUGAGAAAUCUCUCUGUCAAUUUGACUAGUCCCGAGUUUGAGGAUCAUAGAAGGGUACUUUCAUCAUAUGAUGCUGACACUGAGAAGGCUAAAUCUGGAAGAUCUCACACCAAUUUCCACACUGAUCACACACAAAAUGCCAUUCUAUCUGCUUAGGAAGUGAAAGGGUGCACAAGACAUGUUUAAUAUCCUGUUGCUUGCAGCGGAGUGAUACUUGCAUGUAUAUAUGUAUGUAAAGUCUUCAGAGGACCAUCAGUUAAUAGCACAGCUUGUCAGUGGAUCAAUGUUGUCUUGCUGUCCAAGUGUCGAGCAUGUACCAUACAUCCAGAGUUGUAGGAUAAACCAGAUUUCAGUCACUUUAAGCUUAUUUCAGGGGCUAUCUUGUAUAGAGUGCUGAGUGUUUUAUGUCAUUCUGUUAUGACUGUGUAUAGUUGUAAGUUAUAUCUUUUGAAGGUUUUGCAUACUGAAUUAGUCCUAGCCUCCUAGGGGUUAUGUUCUGUAUCGAACUGGAUGAUAUGAAUAUAUCUGGUGCUUUUGUGUGAA